CCGGUCCCGACGGCCAGUGCACGCAUCGCCGUCGGCCAUCCCGGCCCCGGCGACCACCUUCCACCGCCGGCGGCAGGUCCAGCCCCGGCGUCCACCGCAUUCGCCUCCUCGCUCCAGAUCCAAUGGCUAAUCGCGAGCUGGAGAAUGAGUCCGAGUGUGACGGCUCCCCACCGACGGAUCUGCCUCCGUUGGCAGCGGCCGCGGUGGCGGCGGAUCUGGCAUUUGCGCAGGCUUCUGGAUCCCGGUCACCCGGCGCACAGCAUCUGGUGUCGCCCACCCCCCAUGCCGGAUCUGCUUCGACGGGAGGAGUUUCUGACUCUACUCCUGACUGGCUCCACUUCUCGGCAUCUUCGAGUGAUGAAGACUCGCCGCGGUCGUUUUUGGCUCACCAGAAAGGCAAGCAGGUCGCGUCCCCGCAGGUGGAGGAGCGUCACACGCUGGGUUCCAGCGGCUUCGUGGCUGACGCCCGGCGUGCUCCAUCUAGAUUCAUGGCAGAUGCUCGGCGCUGCUCCUCGCCCUCGGAGGUGGUCGUCGCCCGUACGCCUCCAACCGUCGAUACUGCCGCUGAGGUGGACGGCUGGGUCGAGGUUCGCCGACGUUGGCGCCGGCAGGUCCGUCAACCUCGUACCCCUCCCCGACCCGUGCUGGCGGAUCUGGUUGGUCGCUGCUUCAACUAUCUGGCAAGGGACCAUGUUGCGGCCGUCUGCAGAUUUCCGUCCCGUUGCCUAAAAUGUGGCUGGGAGGGGCAUCAGGCGAGGUUCUGCAAGCGCGGUCGGGCUCUCAGGGGUGGGGUGCGGUGGCCUCUUCCCGCCCGCCUGGCGGCAUCCCAUCCCCGUCCUCUACAGCCUUCGGUCGCCGCAAUCUCGCAUGGUGCGGGACCUUCUCGGCGUGGUCGCUCUCCAGCAUCUGACUCUACGCGGUCGGCGCGGUCGCAGUCUACCGGUCGCGCGCUCUCACUGCCGGAGAUCUGCGUCCCUUCCCCGUUUCGUGAUGAGGGUCCCCCUGCGUGGGAGACACUGCCAUCGCCGGCUUCUUCCCCCAAGCCAUUGGGAGAUCCUUCACGCCGCCCACGGUCCGAACUCUGCUUCAUUCCGCAUUCGCAGGAGGUCGAUGAUGCUGAGGCAAGGCUCUCUUCCUGUGCCCUGGUCGCUAUCGUGGGGGGGCACCCGCCCUUCGGUCUCGCCACUGCAAGUCGGUAUGCUACUUGAAGAAUUCUUUUCUGUCCAGCCUGGGGAUUAUGAGGUCUUUUGCUUUGAACCGGAGGAUUUCCUGGUGGAAUUCACAAUGGCUGCUGCUGCAGAUAGAAUCCUACAUGCUCAUUAUCCUACGGAAGCUCUGUUUCAGUUGAUCUGGAAGAGAUGGCGUAGACAGGCUACGACUUCCUUGGAAUCUUUGCGAUUCAGGAUUUUAAUCGAGUUUCGCGGGAUCCCAGCACAUGCCAGAAGCAUAUCCACUGCCAGAGUUUUGCUGGACACUUCUUGCUCAGACCUGGUCGAGGCACCGCCUGAAUUGGUCGGGAAUGAUGGUAAGAAAUUCUUCGUUUGCGCAUGGUGUAUCCAUCCUGAUUUGGUGCCACAAGAGAAAAAACUGUUUAUUCAGGAACCGCCUGAGCCGUAUGUGGAGUCUGGACUGUUUCUUCGCCCACAUGAAAUCAUUCAUUCAAAACA